CAAAGACAGUCUUUGACAGUCAAGCAUUGCGGGAUACGCAGCAGAAUUGGACCGAUUAACAUAACUGAAACAUGUGCUGACGGGAGAAAAAAACCUUCAUAAUUUUAGCACAGUGUUCUUCGUUGUAAAGUAAUUUUAAGUCCAGUUUUCGGAUUGGAUAUUUUUAGUUAACUUGGAAGGCACAGCUGGAUACUUGUUAACAAAAUGUUCCCUCAAUCUAUGAAUGCAGCUCUUAUGGCACUGGGCGUAUUUCUCUUCACCAAUGUAGACGGAGUUUUUCACAUUCGCCAAUUAAACCCUCCCAUGAAGAGACAGAGUAACUUCCCCAUGGAACAAGAACAGAUGUGCUUCACAAUACCACACUUACAAGCCCUAAAGGAGCAGUUUGCAACCUACAUCGACAGCAAUGGAGACGAGCGGGCUAGCAUGGAAGAGGUUCUCAGCUACCUUAGAAAGUAUAACCCAGACGUUACGCCACGACAAGUGAGGGAGUUCAUUGCUCGGAGGGAUAAAGACGGCGACGGGUCCGUGGACUUCAUUCCCGACUAUCUGAUGGAGGUUAGCUCCCCUGAUUUCGAUGUGGCCACCGCGAAAGAGUGGUUCAGUCUAGAGGACACGAAUGGGGAUGGAUAUGUGACACGUGAUGAGCUCAUCAACAUCGCUACGAAGGUUGGGAUGCCCCCGGAAGAGGCGAGACAGACGGUGAACGGUUUCUACAUGGCGGCGGACGCCAACGGAGACGGGAAACUUUCUUGGACAGAGUAUCAGCCGCUGUUCACUGAAAAAUGAGCAAAGACAUUCAAGCACGGCUGAACUGAUAAGCAGUUGGAAACACUUUCAAUACAUAAACAAGAAAACACUGUCGUUCGAGCUUGUUAAUAUAGAUGUUAAAUGCGAAAUGUAAACUUAUGCUUUUUCUUUUUUAUCUUUUAUUAAAUGUUUUUUUAGUCUUUAAAACUAGAUUUACCGGCAUGUGUUUUUUCGCCAUUUGCUCAGUAUUGUCAAACUAUUUGUGACAAAAAGUGAUCAGAUAUAGUUAUUAAUUUAGAAAUGCAUUUCCUCUUAAUUGGUUUCUUAUCAUGUACAGUCAUCAAGACUAGAAUAUGUUUGAGCUCAUUUUGAAAUUAAAUCCCUAAAUAUCAGAACGGUUGCGACCUAUCAAGCCAAGAACCCUCAAGGCAAAUUAAGAAAACUACUUCAAAGCAAAGAUAACGUAAAAUGGGAUUUUAUGAAAAAUAAUUAUGAUUUUAAAUUGUAGCAAAUCUCCUUUUUUCGAUUCUGAAGAAUAGUGAAUUUUAAGAUAGAUAUAAAAUAACAUAAAUGUAUUCCUUCUAUGAUAUACAUUUAAAUCUUAUCUAAACAAAUAUUGUAUUUUGAUUUUAUACCGUUCUUUUUUAUGGAGCCAUCGUUUAACCUUUUCGACCGGCGAUAUAUAAGGUAUUUCAGUAAUUACUGAUUGCUACGCUCUUUGAAGGUUGACUCUAUGUUUUUACUUCGUGUCAAGUGAAACUAACAUGCAAAUUGUUUAAUAACGAUCCUCUUAUUUUCUGAACACACAUUUUGUCUUGCACUCUAUAUUAAGGAUAUUAUUAUCUUUUUCACCCUUUUCCUCUUGCGUGUUCACAAUUCACAUAAGAGCUUGGAUCAACUGGGAGCAAGUAACGAAGAAGAUAAAUAUCUUCCUUGUAUUAUUUUUCAUAUUUAUCAAAUUGUAGGAAUCAUAAUACCUGAUUUUCUUUAAUAGUCCCAUGUGUGUUAAUUUUAAAUGCAUUGCAAUUAUUUAACAAACUUUAUCAAAUAAAUCAAC